AUGUUCCGCGCCGCAGAUGUCACGGCGCACGCUCACCCUGAAUGGGCCGUCGAUUGGUCCACUGUUGACGUCGUGACAGACAGCAACGCGCUCGUUGGGCUCAUGAACUGGUUCCGUCUUGCCGGCAGCCCGAAGACGGUGUGGCCUCCGAACCAGCUCAAACUCGGUUUCGACAUACAGCCGACGGGGGGGAGGGCCAUCGUGCUGAAACGCGCGAUACUCGACCCGGAAGUUAUCCGCGAAAGGGAGACGUCCAGGUUCGGCCACGACGUGCGUCGUUACGGCAUCCAUUUCGAGAGCGUGGCCACCGCACCCGCCCCGGGCUGCGAACGCGGCCUCGACCACUUCCGGGUCAUCCAAUACGACCUCGGGGGGCUCCGGCUCGUCGUCUGCAGCGAGAUCGACGCCUACAUGCCCUCAGAGGCGGACGGCCCUCUCCCCGCGUCUCCUCUCCCGCCCGCGCACCCUACUGCGCGCUUGCGCCCGCGUCUGCCGCUCCCUUCGCGGAGCGCGGAUAUCGCAGUCGUCCCCGCCGGCACGGUCCUGCCGCAGUCUGCGCUCAUGGAGCUCAAGACGGAGGGGAUGCCGACGGACGGCCCGCCGCCGUGGAUACACUGGAACCGGACGUACCCAGGGCUGUUCUUCUCCCAGACGCCGUUGCUCCUGACCGGGGGGCGCUUGAAGGACACGUUCAUGUUCGUGCACCGGCGGCGCGUCGACUCGGCCGAGUUCCGCCGCACGGUCGCCUCGUGGAAGCACAUGCAGCGCGGCUUCUACAGGCUCGUCGCCCUCCUGCGCCGCCUCCAGAAGAUCGCCCCGGUGUUCGGCGCGGGGGAGCCGUUCACGGUGUGGGCGCGCAGGGAUCGGCUCGAGUUGGAGGAUCUGGACAGGCAGGCGGAGCAUUCGUUGCUUGGGCCGGAGGAUCUGGCUCGCUUUGCGCCGACGGAGAGCGCGGAUGCAUGUCUGCUCGGGAUUAUGUGCGGAUGA